AUGUCAGUCUCCAAGGAUAGAGAAGAUUUCGCGGACAGCCACGACCAUGCCGCUGGAUUGCCCACUCUCCAACAGGCGAGGACGGAAGGCUCCAUCACCAUUACUCCGGAGAUGUUUGAGCGCAUGUAUCUGGCACCACAGAACAAGGUUUCUGGUGACCUGCGCCAGAUCAUAGGCAAUCCAACGCCUUUGGGUCUCGGUGGUUUCCUUGUUGCAUACUGUCCCAUCAUCUUCUCCCUCCUGGGCUGGAGAGGCUACACGGGCAAUGGCGCUGCGACUGUCGGUACCUAUUACUUCAGCGGAGGCCUGCUGGCCAUCAUCGCCUGCAUCUUCGAACUCAUCCUCGGAAACACCUUUCCAGCUACUUUUUUCGGCGUGUUUGGCGGCUACUUCUUGUCGUUUGGAGCAACGCUCACUCCAUCUUUCGCUGCUUUUCUCGCGUAUGCGCCAGAUCCAACCAACCCUGCAAGUGGUGCUGAAGCGCCGCCAUUCCUCUCUGGUUUGGCAUUCUGGAAUUUGAUGAUGGCCAUCUUCACGAUUUACUGCACGAUCUGUGCACUGCGUGUCAACAUCCUGUUCUGCGCGGCGUUCUUCUUCCUCUUCCUGACAUUUAUCCUGAUCUCCGCGAGCUACUGGACUGUCACAGAGGCGGGCAAGCAGAUGAUCGGCCACCAGCUUCAGAUUGCCGGCGCUUCGUGCGGAUUCGUGGUCAUGAUCAUUGGCUGGUACCUUUUGCUCGCUCUGAUGCUCACCACCGUCGAUUUCCCGUUCAACUUGCCAGUGGGCGACCUCAGCCACAUCGUUCCAAGCGGCACAGAGCUCGCGAAGAAGAAGAGAAAGGCAGAUCUUGAGAAGGGAGAGUAG